AUGUCUGGCAUAUUCACACCGACCAAUCAGAUCCGUCUGACUAACGUUGCUGUGGUAAGGUUAAGGAAAGCUGGCAAGCGGUUUGAAAUUGCUUGCUACAAGAACAAGGUUAUGUCAUGGCGAAAUAAAGUCGAGAAAGAUAUCAAUGAGGUACUUCAAACGCACACGGUCUUUCUGAAUGUGUCAAAAGGUCAGACAGCCAACAAAGAGGAUUUGAUUGCAGCUUUCGGAAAUGACGAUCAAUCAAAAAUUUGUCAGCUGGUAAUUACAUUUGUCAUAUCACAGUAUGUAGUUUCGAAACUUUUACUUAAGUCAAUUUAUUCGCCCAGCCCCGUGUUUUUAAGAUGUUUUUAA